CGCCAUGAGUGUUCGAGGCAAGUCUUGAGAUUAAAAAGCAGUGUCAUGAUGCUGCGGUUUUUCAGUUCAUGUCAGUAACGCCGGGAAGUGUGAGAUUGGAUUAUUGAGAAAACGGAUGUGCUCGUCUGUCAUUCUUUCAGUGCUUAGAGGUAAUAUUUUUAAAUAUUUGUUGUUUUUUGUGGAAUAUAAAAAGAUCUAUAGGUCCAUGCCCAUAAAAAUAAAACAAUGUCUGACUGCAGUCUACUCUUCAAGAAUAAUUAUUAAAUAUAUAUUAAAUUAUUAUUAUUGUUGCCCUUCACUUUAAUGAGACAACUACACCACGCAAUUUUAAUAAUUUUCAUUUUGAACUCACCUUCAGCCCUCACCUAAGUAAAAAAAUAUCAAUGAUUUUUCUGUGUAACUGUUAAAGUUGAGGUCACUACCUCACUAUGUUACGUAAGUACGUCGUAACUGCGUAAGUUGGGGACAUGAGGUCACUAGACUUUAAGGGUUGUGAUAUGAAGCCGGGUCUAACGCCGGUCGGGUUGAAUACAAAUUAAUUAAUUAAUGACUAGUGGCAGUGGGGAAAAAGUUAGGCCUACUGGUUAAUAAUUUCAUCAAGUGGUUGAACCUAUGAUCACUAAUUGAGAAAACACUCUUGACUCUCACUCUCAACUAGACUAAAAGUGCGUUAGACUGAGAGUGUCAGCAUUAAGUAAAUGUUGAGUCUUUGGUCUUAUUAAUUUAGUUAUUCAUUACGGCCAAGGGUAUUCCUUUUAAUUUUGUUUUUACCAUGUUAAGUCUUAGGUCUUGUUACUUAUUGAGUUAUUCACUAAGAUCCUAAGAAGGGUAUUUCUUUUGUUUUUACCAGGACAUAACUGGUUUUUAGACAUUUGUCCUGGUUUGACUUGAGCUGAAACAAGCAUAGUUUAGGACUAAAUUAUUUUAAAAUAAUAAUUUUAUUUAAAUUUAUUAAAAGAUUAAGUAGAACUACAUGUGAUAUCCAGGCAUAAAAAAAUCAUUAAAUGGCACAGCUUAAAGAAUUACAAUUAAUCAAAAUUGGAAUAAUGAUUUUUUUCUUCAAAAGAGCACCUCACUAUCUCCUCCCUGAAAUGUAAUAACAAAUAAUUAUUUAUAUUUGGACACCCAUGGCCAAAAAUUUAUUUAUAAAAUAUAAAAAAUGGUCACAUUAUACUACACCCAUGUAAGCCAGCCUUAUAUGCCCAUGUAAGCCUAUGUAUCAAUUAUGUAGUAUUGUCUGUUGACCUAAUGGUCCCUACACCUCCUGAGUGAUGUAUUAACCUGGGCCGGAUUAAGGCCUUUUAUUAUUGGGCCCAGCGCAUAGCCAACAUGGAGCUCACGACCAUAAGCCUAAAUGUCUAUUUACCUGUUCAUAUUCAUAGAUAAGAUUGGUUUCAAGACUUAACUUACAUUGUUAACACUACUGGUGGGUGUACACUUGACAGUAAGCCCUAUCAGGGGCCCCUUGCGUCUCAAAAAGGCCAUGGCAGGUGGCACUGCCUAACAUUUCCAAGGCAUGUCAUUAAUGCAAGUCAAAAGAAGCCUACACUUUUAGUAGGCCUGUAUUAUACAUGUAUAUCUUUUAGUUGCAAUAAAAGUAUAUCUGUUCUUUUUAGAUUUAAACCAUUUUUAGAUUCAUUUAAGCUUAGACAAAGAACUACAUUAUUCAAAUAUUUGAUUAUAAUUCUGUGAAUAGAGUUGUUUGCAUAUUUUGAUUGAUGUUACACAGAAGUACUUGACUAUAAUUUAAUUAUCUCCAUCAUUCAAAUAUUUAUUUAUUAUUAUUUUUAAAAAAAAUUUUUAGUUUCUUAAUUUGACCUUAAUUCUGAGAGAACUACCCUCACUGGCAAUUGGUAAAUGGCUUAAAAUGAAUAUAAUAGGAAUUUUUUAAAGUUUAGUUGUUUUUUUUAUAGAUAUUGAGCACACCAUUAAAUAUUAUUUCAUACAUUUUGUUUGACCAUGUUUAAAAAAAUAAAUAUAUUUUAAUUCAGGAUAUUUUUGUUCAUUUAUUUAGACACUUAGGUUUGGAAGUUUUACAAAACAGAAUUGUUCAGAGACUAAGACGGACUUACAUAUAAAUAUAAAUAUUGUGGAUUUAACAGAAGAAAAUGGAUAACCACACAAGUCACCAACCUAAAACUAUGCACACAGAAGUUGUUAUUGUUGGUAAGUGAUUUUUUUUUUUUUAAGUUAACCAUUUGUGGUGUAAUGUAAACUAUACAUUGAAAGUUUUGUUUCUAAAUUGUUUAGAAAAUGUUGGUCAAGCUAGAAUAACUUAAUAUUACUGUUUACAAUUUUUCAUUUUAAUACUGUACAUAAAUAUAUACCAAAGAAGGCUUGUAAUAAUUUUGAGCACCACUUGAAUAAUUGAAAAGAAACAUUGGCUGCUAUCUUUUAAGUCUAAUAUUCCAUUAUUGACAAAGUUAUGGGAAAAUUAUAUUACAUAAAGUACAGUGAUACUCAUCAUUAUUUCUAAUGAAAAAACUGAAUUAGUUUGAGGAACUUAAUGGCCGAAGUGCUGCAACACAAAUACUAAAGCUAUUAAGCAUUUUCUCUUAUUACACUGUAACAGUGACUUGGGAGGCCACAACACUAAACUAGGAGUGCCACAAGUUUAAGACCCCUGCAUUAUUAACUCAACAUUUGUUAUGACAACUUGUUAGCUAUAGAAUGCUGAAUGCUCCAAAGAGAGGUGGAUAAAAAAAAAGGGGUUGGGGUAUGGUGUGCUGUUUGAACUUACUUAAACAACAGCGAACUUGUAAUUAACACUUGAACAACUGACUAUUCAUUUGUUUCUACUUAAAUACUGAUAAAAACUGAGAUUACCUUAUCAUUACUUUAAAGGCACUAUGCAAAUCAGUGGUGUUGGGGAUUUAAGGCCCUAAGGAUUUGAAACCUAGAAUUUUUUCCAAUAAGAUAUCAAGAGAUCCCCACUCUUCUCAGAGAUGUCUCAUGAACAAUUUAGCUGUAUAUAAUUGCUCAUACCAUUGUUAGUUUUGGGCUCAUUGAUGUCAUUUGUUGCAAACAUUCAUUUUAAAAAGUUGCAAUUUGAUUGCAAUUUUAUUCUUUUACUGCACAGAAAUAUAUGCAUUCUUCUUAAAAAAUAACUAUUGAUUUCAUUUUUUUCUCCAUUAGGUAAUGGCCCCUCUGCAAUAUCUCUGUCAUAUAUGCUUGCUGGUAAUAGACCGUAUUACAAUGGCCAUACACUUUCCAAUGAAUAUCUCAGUAAAAGGUUGCAAGAGAACAUGGGAAUUUCUUUGGUUGAGCAGGUACAUAUACCAUGCAUUUUUAAGAAUUAUCUUUAUAUUUAUAUUUGUAAUCAUCCAAUCUCAUUAUUUUUUAAAUUACACUUAAAUUUCUUUUAAAGUAAAUAUCUACAGACCCAAAUUAAUAUUUUGUCAAACACUGUAACAAAUAAAUAUUUAUUGACAAUAAAUUUAACAAUUAGUUGAUGCUGUUUGUCAUCAUUGUUUAAAAGGGGCUGUGUAAUUAUAGAAUAGUGUAUGUUUUAAAUGUGUCCUUGCUACAAGAUUGGCCAAUAAUGUAAUUUGUUUUAUUUUCAAUAUACCUUAUUUUCUGAUUUCAGGAUUUACCAUCCCUCUGUGAUGGCUUAGAAGGCAGAUCCAACAACCCAGUAGCUUUACUCUUCGACAGUCUGUUCCAUCCAGAUGCUGACUUGGGUGCAGACAACCCACCAGCUAUGGACUGGAAGUAUCAGGCAGAGCAUGAAGUUCCACAUGUUGUACUUGGUAAAACCAAGCCCGGAGGAACCUGGCAGGUAUGCUUUUCAUACUUUUUCUAACAUUUUUAUAACACAUUCGAAAAUAUAUUAUUGGGGGACAAAACUUUUGUGUAGAGCAGGCCUGCACAACAUACGGGCUGCAUCCGCCAGCAACCACUUUGCGGCCGCGAAGUGACGAAUUAUUCUUUUUUUUUUAUUUUUUUUUUUUUUAAAUAGAUUCCCCCCCCCCCCCAUCCCCCAUCCUAUUAUCAUUCGGCCGGCACAAAUUUUUCAUAAAGUAUUAUGGUCCGCCUUACAUUUUCAGUUGUGCAGGCCUGGUGUAGAGCAUUAGGAUUUUUUUAAACUAGUCCUUUCUCUAUGGAAUCAUAGACAUGGCUUUGGAAGUUAUUUGUUAAAAAAGUGGCUAUGUGGUUGGACAAGCUCCAGUCCAGACAGUGAAAGGUUUAUUUCCAUGCAAAUCCUAACACCCAUCAGGCGAGGUUGUGAAAAGACUUCCUUGUCAGUCAGUAAUAAAUGAAGUUAUUUUGAAAGAUAAUUUUCAAUUUAAAAAAAUUCCAUGCUCAUUUAUAUUGUAUUUAAUAAUGAUAUUCCGAUUGAAAUUCUCUCUCCAGAAAAUCGAUGGUGCCAUGCAGACAAUAAGUCAAAACUCUUGGAUGGAGUUACCUGGAGUGCCUUUUAAGGAAUGGCUUGCUAAACAACGGUGAGUUUUAAUAAUGAUAGUGAUACUGUAUCAAUGGUUUGAUGGUUUUGAUAUACUAAGCAACAGUUUUUUAAAGAAGAACUUAUUAAGUUUACUUAGGGUCACACUGUCUUAUCCAUGUUCAUUUAAAGUAUGUUCACUGUUAAUUACUUUUAUAUGAUUAUUUUCAGGCAUACAUGCAGAGGAGAAAAUAUGUUGGGUCGUGCCACAAUUAGUGAUGUAAAGGAUUAUUACAGUGACUAUGUUAAAUCACAACACCUUGAGAAAUACUUCAGGGAUUAUCACACUGUGACAUCGGUGCAGAGAGUUUUCCACCUGCGCAAUCAUGUUGACAGUGAGAGUGGUGAAGUUGAACCUUGUUGUCAGAACGUCCGGAGAAACCACACACAUUGUUGGGAAGUUCGAGGCUACAGCACAGUAAUGGAUGAUCAAGGGCAGGUGGUUGCCAGGCAGGAAUUUUGCUAUGUUGCUCCUCACGUUGUUCUGGCCACUGGUGCCUACGACAUCCCCAACAGAUUGGGUGUUGAAGGGGAGAACCUUCCAUGUGUUGUUCACUGUUUGGGAGAGUUUGAACAACGACUGGCACAGUGCGAGGCACAGACAACAGAUCCAGUUCUUGUUGUAGGUGCCGGACUAAGUGCUGCAGAUGCCAUUCUCAUGGCUCUGGAAUCUAAUAUUCCUGUUAUACAUGUUUUUCGCCGCAAUCCAAAUGACCCCUCACUUAUUUUUUCCAAGCUUCCAAAGGCCAUGUACCCAGAGUACCACAGAGUGCACAGUCUCAUGAAAGGUAAAGAAACAAACGAGCUCUACAAGGCCUUGCCCAGGCACAGUGUUGUGGAGAUUACUGAUGGCAAAGUACUUGUCAAGGCCAAAGGUACUGAUUCUCUCAUUUGGUUUGACAUUUCCUGCAUUGCUAUAAUGAUAGGCUCCAGAUCUGAUCUGGGGUUUUUGCCCAGAGAAGGUCGACACCUGGGUGUUGUUCCUAAAUGGCCCAUCGACAGCAAGCACAACACAAUUGACAUUGAUGCCUAUUCAUAUCAGUCUGUUCAUGAACCACAAAUGUUUGCCUUGGGACCGCUUGUAGGAGACAAUUUUGUUCGAUUCGGGAUUGGGGGUGCACUGGGAAUUGUAAGUCACAUAAGCAACUGUCGUAAAAAAGAUGGAAUGUAGUUUUUAGUGAAUUUUUCAUCAAUGUCGUCAAAAAGGUUCCAAGAAAAGGCUCAGCUAAAAUGUGGAUUGCUCCUGAUCCUUCCUUGACUUCAAGGAAAUUGUUGUUCAUUUGUUAUGUCAUAAUAAAUAAAUAUGUAUAAUGUAUAUUUAAUAAUCUGCAAGGCUACAAUAUGCAUUGUUUAUGGUUUUAUUUUGAUCCCUUAUUUGAGGAGGGGAGUUAUGUGUACACUAUAGAUAUAACUCUAUAUGGUCCAUCUAACUUUUCUUCACACUUUGAAGAAUUCUGAAAAACCUUAAAAAUGUGCCUUGAGAGUCUAGUAAACUUAUUAAAUUUUUAGAUCUAACUAUGUACAUUUUUUUAAUAAUAUGAUUUCAACCUUGCUUCAAAUGUACUCAAGUAAAAUAAAUAGAAUGUGGUGGGAAUAUGGUAAGCUGUGACAUAAAUGUAUCCAGUUCUACCGAAAGAGGUUGAGACAGCAUAGAUCUGCAAGAUGCCUAUGAUGUCUGGCCAGAAGAGCUUCUGGGGAAGGGUAGUAUGGAAAUUGUCCCAUGUGUUGUGCAUCGGGGUGGGGGCAGACAAGCAAGCAUAAUGUUCUAAGGGGCAUGUUCAGAUGGGAAAUGUUGAUUCUCUCCUCCCAGUGUUAUAUAUAUAGUUUGUUAUAGUUUAUAGUAGAAUUUUCAAAAUGUAAAAAAAAAUAUAAUUUUCAUAUAAGGGGUUUCCUUAUUUUUUACCAACUGCUUCAGAAAAAUUGCUCAGGUUAUAAUAUUUUUUUAAAGAAAUUCAUUGGAAAUGCUAAUAACUAAACACUCAGUCAAGCCUUCAGUAAAGUUUUCACACUGUAUAUUUGUAAUAUAUUUGUAAUACUUACUUUGUUACAUCAUAAAGUGCUGAAGUGUGCCACUCUUUACUGAAAACAAUUUCUUUUCCAUUGAUCCAGCUAGGAAAGUUAAAACUUUUAUCCUGAGUUUAAACAGUUUUUUGAUUAUUCAUAUAUAGUUUAUAUGUUCACUCUAAAUUGUGUUCAAGUGUUUUUUUUUUUUUUUUGUAGAUGUGUUUUUAAGUUGUAGAAAUGUAUACAAUUGUUAGACUUGCCAACUCUUAUGUCCACUCUAUUUUUAAAAACCUGUUUAAACAGUUUUUUGAUUAUUCAUAUAUAGUUUAUAUGUUCACUCUAAAUUGUGUUCAAGUGUUUUUUUUUUUUUUUUUGUAGAUGUGUUUUUAAGUUGUAGAAAUGUAUACAAUUGUUAGACUUGCCAACUCUUAUGUCCACUCUAUUUUUAAAAACCAGUCUUUGGAAACUUGUAGUUGUAGGAAGAAACAGGAUUUCAUUAUCAAAAAAAAUCUGUGAUUUUUAUUUAAUUUAUGUUCUCUUUGGUAAUAUUUUAAGUAUUUUUGGGGGGUUUCCUCCACAUGUCAAAGUGGACUGGCCAUUUUUAAUUAUGCCCUAAUCAUUCAGUUUUCUGCUUGUUUUUUCUUCUCAUUUUGAUCAGGGAUAUAAUUUGUAAGAAAUUAUAGCAGUGUUCAUGUUAAAAUUCACCCAGCCAAUAUUUAUCCAUCUUUUUUAUUGGGUUUAUCCAUUUAUAGUGGUCUCUUCUCAUAAAUUGCAGCAUGCUCCAAUUUAGUGUUAUGCAUUAUUCAUGUGCAGUUGUAGUUGAAAAGAAAAGGAUUUUUAUUUAUUUCAGAUUUUUAAAGUUUUGUUUUGGGUUGUGGAAUGGUUUUCCAGAUACGGAAAUCUCAUAAUUGCCAUUAAAUGGUAUUGAUACAAAUAUUUUUACUGUAUCACAAUCGAUUCAAUGUGUACCUUUGUUAAUCAAAAGUGACUAGUUCAAAAAGUUUUUAUAGUAAAAAUAACCUCAUUUUUCAAAGUUUGCUUGCGUUUUAAACACAGUGUUACAACACAUAAAUGUCAAUUCUAUUGUUUCUAUUAAUUUAUGUCAGCUUACAAUCAAAAUAUUUUGUUUAAUCAGUUUAAUAUUUUAUAUUCUAUUUUGAGAAAAUUUGUCACAUUUUAAUUGCAUAAAUAUUUUUAGAUGCAAAGGGCGCUCAAAUCAAUGAUUGAUGUUUUUCCUCAACUGAUAUCUACUUCAGUGGUUAAAUUAUAUUAUUAAACCAACCAUUGAAUGCUGUAAUGCAUUAGGAUUAAUUUUCAAAAGUGCAACAUGAAAAUUUAGCGAUAGUUUUUUGGUUUUUUAAAAUGAAUAUCAAGCAAUUUUAUUUUUAAAUAUCUAGAAAGGUAAGUUAAAUGUAAUUUGUGCAGCACUGAUUAUUUUUAUUUAAGUGCACAAUGUUAAAAUGAUAAUGGCAUGUUAUGGCUUGUGUGAUAUUUUGAUGCAAUUCUGACUUUUUUUGUUUGUUUAUAAAAACACUUGUAUUGUCUACAUGUCCUGGAUGUCUCAUUGUUAGAUGUGGGUUGAAAUGAUAAUUUGAUUAAUUAUAGCAAUUCCCUGUGUCACUUUGCAAAUAGAUGAAACUAUUAGUUGGCCAUCUCAUGGAAUUAAUAUUUUAAGUUCAUGAUUAUGUUAGUUAAAUUGUAUGUACAGCAUGGUGAGCCCAGCUCUAGGCUGGGGUGCCAGGCUAUAUAAAACUACUACUAAUAAUAAUAAUAAUAAUUUCAAAAACUAAACAAAUUAAAAUAUAUAAUGUCAUAUUAAUUUCUGUUCAAAUGAACUGAGGGGAUACACUGUUCUCAAAAGUAAUUAUGGAUUAAUUUGAUAUGACAUCUUUAAAGAAUUUUGAGAAAGGUUCAGUGUAUGAAACCAAUAUAGCAAAUGUUAUCUAUGUACUAAGGACAAAUAUAUGAAACACAUAUUUUCAUCAUAAAGGGCAAUCUUUUAUCUGAUAUAGCCCAAUCGGGACUCAUUAUUUGAAGUUGAGAUUUUCAAUGGUAAUUAAUUCAAUUUUUGGAGAAAAACAAUUCUUAUGGUUUGUAAGUUCCAUGUUGUCUCAGUUGUCCAGAAUGUUUGUCUAUUGGUUUUGAUGACAUCCAACAAAAACAACCUCCUAGAUGUUGAGUGGGUUAUGAAUUGAAAACUUGAGGCAUUUAUGUUCACCGUCUUUGAUCCUUUUGUCAAGACUGAGCAGACAAUAUUCAUUUAGUAUUAUCAUUGAAAUUGUUUUUUUGUUUCUUAUCAAAGUUUUCUGGUCUUUUUUGUUUUGUACUUUUUUUACCAACAUUAGUUUAAGAGGAAUGAUAAACAAAGUAUUCAAGUUCCACGAAGUCACAAGCUGUCGGCACCAAUUAUUGCUAUCCCUUUUAAAAAAAUUUCAAAUUUCAAUAACUAUAAUCCAGAUUUCAUUUUUAAAAUUAGAUGGGAACUUUCAAUUUAAUUUGAUACAUUUUAACUCUGUUGUCUUUAUUGCAUAUAAAGGGUGUUAGCUCUGCAUUAUAUUCUUAGUUAUUGGGCUUUUCUAUUAAAAAAUUAUUAAAUUGUUUUCAUUAAAAUAGCAUUUCUAAAGGUUUCCCUCUUCCAGGCAAGUAACACAAGAAAACCUUCAGUAGGGAAAUUUUUAAUUUUCUGCAUCUUAGUCAAAGUAUUAAAAAUUGCAGCGUUCAAAAAUGUAUUAAAUUCUUUCCUCGAUAAGAAAACAGUUUUCAUAGGGGACGUCAUAUACUUGUAUGUUGCAUUCUACUUAAGGUGUAUAAAUUUAAUGUGCUGCUUUUAUUUGUUUUGUUUUUGAAAAUCAAGCAUUUGCAUAUGUCUGUCAUUUGCAUUGAACUUGUCAAACAUGUGUACCAAGAGAUGGCUAUAAAUAGAAAAAGCUUUAAUUUUUGUGUGAGUUUAUGAAAGUGUUGCACAAAGUUGAUUCUAAUUUAAAGUUACUUGUUGGCUCUUUUGCUGAUCAUUUGACAAUAAUUUAAAUAAACAGUGUGCAAUUUUUUUUCUUAAAAUUUUUAUAUUGAUUUGAUAUCCACCUGGACUUUUCAAUUAAAUAAAUUAAAUUUUGUAUUCAAAAGGAUUCUUACAAAAAAAAAUUAUGUUGAAACUAUACACCACUACUCUGGUGUGUAUCUAUUUUUGGAUAAAAUUCUCCCUUGAAACUUAUUUAUAAUGGUGAAUACAACUGCUAUUGUCCAACUUAGAUGAUUUCAGGUUGUUUAGAGAAGUUUUUUUUUUUUUUAAAUGUGUUUUAGCUAACAAUGAAUUGAUUCAUACACUUCAGUUACCCAUUAACAGAUUAUGAAUGCAUUGUUAAAAACUUUUUUUUAAAAGGACUGCCACAGCAUCCAUCAAUUCAAACCUAAAUCAGUGUGUCUUUAUAGUUAUUAUGUCUUUAGCAAGAUGAAUUUUAUGUCAAUUUUUCUAAUGCUUGAGGGGUGGGUUUGGAGGCAAUAGUUGGCUGACAUAAUGGCACCAAGUUUGUGUGAGAUUUUUAAAAAAAAUUCUGGUCUGCUCUUUCUUUACUGUCUUAUUCAAACUUUAUUUGAAAUGAUGAUACACCAGUAGAUAAUGCAAAUAUAAUUCUAGAGGGCUUAAAAUUUUUAACUCUAUCAUUAUAAUCAGGACUUAUUCACUUUUCAUUAUCAAUGUACACAAUUUUGUUAAGUUUUUUUCUCAAAACUUAUUUUAGUAAUAAUUUAAAUUUGUGUGUAUCUUGAACUGACUUACAACUGCUCUGGCUGUGAUAAGGGUAAUGGAAAUUUGUGUUAUUUUUCUUCUUAUGACUUUUGUUGGGAGAAAUAAUAAUGCAAUUUUAUGUAACAUUGUUUUGUUGUUGCUUGCCAAUGCCAUGUUUUUAAAUUUUACUAAUAAAAAAAUAAAAUGUAUGAAACUUUAAAAGAAAGUGAGUUUUUUGUGUAAAUAAUUCAGUGUUGAGUAACAUAUUAGUUGGUAACAUUGUUGCUCAAAAUUAAGGACCAGUAAUUUGGGUCAAGACCAG